CUCAUAUUUGUUUGAUUUUUAAAUAUGGAAUUAUUACAAAAGAAUAUCUUGGAUCUGGUCAGGAUUUUCAGAAGGGAAUGUCGGAAGAGAUCUGAAUAUGAAAGGACUACACUAUAUGGAGCAAAUGAUAUGCUUCUUGGUUUACAACUUUGCAUGGCAGAAGUGAAUAAAAAGGACUUUGGAGAUUUCACAGUUUCUCUGAGUGAUCUGAUGGAAACUUGGAAAUACUUGCUGCAUGAAAAGCUGCAUUUGAUAUCGGAGGACGAAAGCAUGCCAGAAAAAUAUACAGAUAUCAAACAUUGUUAUGACACACUUCUUAACAAAAGCAAUGUACUGGAUCUGAUUGAUGUUUACUUCAAGUGUGUAAAGAAGAGUCCCAAAUUUGAAACUGGUAAACUAAUCUCCAAAGAGCAACUUCUGGAAUUUAUUUUGGGACCUUCAGUGUGUUUAGAUGAUGAUCCCCUGCCUCCUGUUAUUCCUUCAACUCCUUCAAGAGCUAAAGUUCAUAUGAAGUCUAAGUUGCUACUGGUGGCUAAAAGACUAGUUUGUGGCUAUGUCAACUUGCUGGUGAACACAAAGAAUGAUUUGGCCCCGGCUCAUAUCUUGAAUGUUCCAGAACGAGGACUUGGAAGAGAUGCCUUUACUGAUUUAAAGCACUCUGCACAGAGCAAGCAGACAUCACUUUUUCUGGCUGCAACAUCAUUUAUCAGAGCUUUAGAACUUGGAGGAAAAGGUUAUGCUCCAUUAGAUUCAGAUCCUUUAAGAAAGCACAUAAAAGGACUAUGUGACUUUGUGCGUUUUACUGAUAAACUUGAAGAGAUACUUGGAGAAAUUCCUGAUCCAUGUGUUGCAGGGAAUCGGAUUUUGUCCGCCAUAAAAAUGCGUUUGCUAAAAGGUCGGAGCAGUGGAGAUCUCUUUUCUGUUGCAGUAGAGGAAGUUGUCCAAGAGCUGGAUGUGAGGAUUAAAAAUAUCAUUAAUGCUCAAUGCAAAGAUGCCCAUGUGAGCAACACUGACAUGAGCCCAGCUAGGCCCAAGUCCUAUGUCAUAAAUCAUUGCACUGCAUACUGUGGCAGAGAAACUGUGAAGACAUUUUUGCAUACGUUAUUAAUUAAACUCGGUCUGCUUUGGAUUUGGCUGCUGGUGCUCGUUUUUGUGGUUCCUCUCAGGACAUCUGCAGGAUGGUAG